AUGUGUGUGUGUGUGUGUGUGUGUGUCUCCCUCUCUGAGCGGGUGGAGCACGCACCCACGAAGCAGCGCAGCUGUCUCCCUGCUGAAAAAUUCGACCACAACGGACUGUCCACAUCCACCUUCACACACAACGCACGCGCAGCGGCAGAGACGCCAGCGAAGCUGGCAAAGUCACGCGACAUUCACAGAAGGCUUCGGCGUCCUGCUUUCCCGCACAACUCCCACCCCCACUACCACCACCACCAUCGUCACCACCGCCAUCCCGUCCUCUUUCCUUAUCGCGACGAAAGCGGAAGCCAUCUUCAGCGCAUGUCACUCCAAUUCACAGUGAGUGGCCCGAACAUCCGCGUGCUCCUGAGUAUUCUCACCUGCGUUAGUCGUCUCGGCGAUGCCGUGUACAUUGUGGGGCUGAGCGACGGCAUCGAGAUCAGCGCUGUGUCGCCAGGCCGCAACGGGCACAUCGCGGUGCGGGUGCACAAGCGCUGCUUUGACCGCUUCCUACUGGAGCUUCCCUCCCGCCGAAGCGGCGCUGAUGAUGGCAGCGGCCUCGCGACCUCGGAUGCAGCCGCGGAGGGUAGGGCAGACGAUGCCGGCGCUGAUGGCCCCAAGCCCUAUUUGUGUCUGCUCACCAAGACGCUCGUCGCGACAGUGCUGCGGCAGCACAACACCAACGUGCAAAGCCUUGACUUUCAGUACCGCACCGCGGAGUCCUCCGACAGCGCGGCGGCGGCGGCGGCGGCGAGCGACGCGGGGAACGACAGUGCUGACGCCGACCAAUGUCUUUGGAAGGGUCGCACGGACGCGGACGUGGUGCGGUGGCACUGCACCUAUGCGCGCAGUCUCACAAAGACGUUUCUUCUCCGUCUCGCAGAGGGGGAGCCGACCAGUGUCUACGCGGACCUGUCGCGUUACCGCUUCGAGGUGUGUGGCGACGCCCGCGCGUACGGCAGUCUUCUCGCUUCGCUUCCAUCCAGCGCGAAUCAGUGUGCGUUGACGCUGCCAGAGAGCGGUGGGCUGGAGCUGCGCUCGGUGCGGCAGGCAGGGUCGUCGUCAUCGUCCUCGUCGUCGGCAGCAGCAGCAGCAGCAGCAAGCGGCCGCGAGAGCGGCUCAGCUGCGGCACCGUCGGGCAACAUCAGGGCAGCAGACGGUAGCUCCACAGUGGUGACGGCGUUCGAGAGCACCUUCACCCUCUUUCGCUUCUUCGAGCCCGCCGCCUCACCAUCGGCGACAGACGCGGACGGUGCAGCCAUGGUGACGGAGUACGGCCCUUCGGAGGUGCCGCAAACGCCGUUUCCUCAUACGCCGCCGCCGCCGCCGCCGCCGCCGCAGCAGCAGCAGAGCCCUCGACGCGAUUCCGUGCUAUCUGCGCCGGAUCCUGCACCAUCGGCCACCGUGACAGCCGGCUUCAUUCCGCUGCCAGGCAAAACAUUCGAUGUGAAGCCCUUCAAGAACGCGGCGUGGCUUGCAGAGCAGCUCGGCGUCCAGCUGCACCUCCUCACGGGCGAGGAAGGCAUGCCAAUCAUCAUCGCGAGCAUCACGCCAGAGGAAGUGCAGAAAAGGCGCAUCGCCUCCUCUGGCGUGAUGCUCGCGAGGCACGAGAGCCUACCCGGCACGGGUGGUGCAGGAGCCCGCCCGUUCUUGGUGACGAACAACGCGCCCUCCGUCCCUGUCCCGGCCCCCAUCUCGUUCAUCCUGUACGUGGCAGCGCUGGACUCGGCGCCAAGCGGCGGCAGAGCCUCUGGCUCCGGCGGCGCGCCUGGCGGAGCCGCUGACACGAGCAUCGCAACCGCCAUCAGCUCCGCUGUCAACACCCCCCGCCCCAGCACGCACCAGCGGACGUUGAAGGGCGACGGUGGCGCUCCAGCGGCGGUGGCCGCGACGCCGACACCAGGCUACGGCGAUGGGGAGAACGGGGAGCGCGACGGUAUGCCCGUGAGCAGCGGCAACAGCACCACGAGCGGCACCCUGUCUCACGUGGAGGCUAGCUUUGCGAGUACCAAUGCUGCCACCGCAGCUGCUGGGAUGGUGGGGCGCCUGUCCCGCGAGAGUAACAACACCGUCGGCUCUGCGUACGCGACCCCGCGACCGACUGCGUCCCCGUCGGAUUUGGUGAUGGUCAUGACCGGUGGCGACACUCCGGGCACCCGUAGCGGUGAUGCCGGCGGUGUUCACGCGGCCCGCAAAAGCGUUGACUUCCUAACGGGCGUCACGGCGUCGUCGCUGCCGAUGAACUCCGCCGUGGCCAUGACAGGCGCCGCGCCGCCUUCCGCGUCACUGCCGCCCUCGCCCUCGCACACCCCCACUGCCACUGCCCUCAACUCCAUGUACCCGCUCGACUUCGAGGCGUUUGUGCGCACCUACACCUCCGCCAACGAGGUGGGCGAGGAAGACGCGCAGGAUGCCGAGCUGCGCGAAUUCCUUGCCAGCUGUGUCGCCUCCAUGUCGCGAGGGCCGACGCAGAACUGA